AUGGCACGCAAGAAGAUAAGAGAGUAUGACUCCAAGAGGUUGUUGAAGGAGCACUUUAAGAGACUCUCUGGCCACGACUUGCCCAUCAAGUCUGCACAAGUUACAGAAUCCACCGAUUUCAAUGAAUUACCAGAGAAAGAACCCUGGCUUUUAUCUUCAAAAUUGGUUGUGAAACCAGACAUGCUAUUCGGAAAGCGUGGCAAAAGUGGUUUGGUUGCCUUGAAUUUGGAUUUGGCAGAAGUUGGUUCUUUUGUGAAAGAGCGUCUUGGCAAAGAGGUUGAGAUGGGUGGAUGCAAAGGGCCCAUAACAACUUUCAUUGUUGAACCUUUUAUCCCUCACAAGGAGGAGUUUUAUCUUAACAUUGUCUCAGAGAGACUAGGGAACAGUAUAAGCUUUUCUGAAUGUGGAGGAAUUGAAAUUGAGGAGAACUGGGAUAAGGUCAAGACUGUAUUUAUGCCAACAGGACUGUCUCUUACACCAGAGAGCAUUGCUCCACUUAUUGCAACCCUUCCCUUAGAGAUCAGGGGAGAAAUUGAGGAAUUUCUCAAGGUGAUUUACACUCUAUUCCAAGACCUGGAUUUCACUUUCUUGGAGAUGAAUCCUUUCACUUUGGUCAAUGGGAAGCCUUAUCCUCUGGACAUGAGAGGCGAGCUUGAUGACACUGCUGCUUUCAAGAACUUCAAGAAAUGGGGAAACAUCGAAUUUCCGUUGCCAUUUGGAAGGGUUAUGAGUAAUACAGAGGCUUUCAUUCAUGGAUUAGAUGAAAAGACAAGCGCAUCCUUAAAAUUCACAGUGCUAAACCCGAAGGGCCGAAUCUGGACAAUGGUAGCUGGAGGAGGUGCUAGUGUCAUCUAUGCUGACACGGUUGGAGAUCUUGGUUAUGCUCCUGAGCUUGGAAACUAUGCAGAAUAUAGUGGUGCACCCAAGGAAGAUGAGGUCCUGCAGUAUGCCAGAGUUGUGAUUGAUUGUGCAACUUCAAAUCCUGAUGGCGAAAAGCGAGCCCUUGUAAUAGGUGGAGGAAUAGCUAACUUUACAGAUGUUGCUGCUACAUUCAGCGGCAUAAUCCGUGCUCUGAAGGAGAAGGAACAAAAGCUAAAAGAAGCAAAGAUGCACAUCUAUGUGAGGAGGGGAGGUCCCAACUACCAGAGGGGUUUAGCAAAAAUGAGAGCCCUUGGGGAGGAGAUUGGCAUUCCCAUUGAGGUUUAUGGACCUGAGGCAACAAUGACUGGUAUAUGCAAACAGGCAAUCCAGUACAUCACUGCUGCUGCUUAA